AUUAUUUUUCCUCGAUUAAAACCGCGAUUAUGAUACAGAUAAUUACAGUUUUAUAUCCAGCACACAAUGAGAAGUAACGAUUAAAUUUAGAGAAAAAAAUCGAACGACAACGAGGUUUUAUACUGUGUAAAUACAAGUAAAUCCUCAAUAAAAUAUCAAGGCUAGUUUUGCGUAAUUUCCAUUUAGAUACGCGUCGGGUUAAAAUUAAAAUUACGUUGGAAAUUCUUAUUUUCUCUGAAAUUUCAAAUCGAUUGAGUAGUUCUUUUGAAAACCGCCGGAUAAAAAGGGGCGGGCAGAGCAUGUUGUGUUCGGAAUUCAAAUGCCAAACAUCUGGGAUACAGCCAAAACUUGCCCAGCUGGUGGAUUCACCUCUAAGAUUCUCUAAGGUCAUCGAGUGUAACUGAUCAAUGGUUAGAAAAAUUACAAUAAUAUAGAAUUUUACUACUACCAGAAGAUGUCUUCCAGAUUUCGUAAAAUUAUUAUAACCAGUUUUGCCACCGCUUUUGGAGUAGGAACUACAUAUUUAUUACUCACGGAUGAGAGAGAAAGAAAAUGGGGGACUGUAAGCGCAAAAACAAAAUUUUGCUUUCAAAAGGGCCCAUUACCUUCCCGAGAAGAACUCAUUAAUUCUUUAAAAAAUGAUUGCUUCGAUGUAUUAGUAAUUGGAGGUGGAGCCACAGGUGCUGGAUGCGCGCUGGAUGCGCAAACUCGGGGUCUAAAGACGGCUUUGAUUGAAGCAGACGAUUUUUCAAGCGGAACUUCUAGCAGAAGCACAAAACUUCUGCACGGCGGGGUGCGCUAUUUGCAAAAAGCCAUAAUGCAGCUUGACAUUGAACAAUAUCGGAUGGUCAAAGAAGCUUUACAUGAACGUGCCACUGUUUUGGAUUCUGCACCUCAUUUAGCUAAACCUUUACCUAUUAUGCUACCAGUUUAUACUUGGUGGCAAGUUCCAUAUUUUUACGCUGGCAUAAAAAUGUAUGAUAUAGUAGCUGCUGGAAAAACAUUAAAAAGCUCUUAUUUAUUAAGUAAGAAAAAUGCCUUGGAAUUAUUUCCAAUGUUAAAAGGUGAAAAAUUACGUGGUGCUAUUGUGUAUUAUGAUGGCCAACAAGAUGAUGCAAGAAUGAAUCUUGCGAUAGCUUUAACGGCAAUACGUUAUGGUGCAACAGCUGUAAACCAUGUUUCUUGUAAAAAAUUACUAAAAGAACCUGGAAAAGACGGCAAACCCGGAAUUUUAAAAGGUGCCGUUGUCAAAGAUAAUUUAACAAAUAAUGAAUGGGAGGUUAAAGCGAAAUGUGUUAUAAACGCAACGGGGCCAUUCACUGAUACAAUCAGAAAGAUGGAUGAUCCAACAGUUAAAUCAAUUUGCUCACCGAGCAGUGGGGUUCAUAUUGUUCUUCCUGGAUACUAUAGUCCUGAACAAAUGGGACUUUUAGAUCCCGCAACAAGCGAUGGUCGCGUUAUUUUCUUUUUGCCAUUUCAAAAUCAUACAAUAGCAGGUACUACAGAUUUACCAUGCGAUGUUACCUUUAGUCCAAAACCAACUGAAGAAGAAAUCUUGUUUAUUUUAUCAGAAGUUAAACAUUAUCUUAAUCCAGACGUUGAAGUUAGGAGAGGUGAUGUACUUUCCGCAUGGAGUGGAAUUCGACCAUUAGUUUCAGAUCCGAACAAAGCGGAUACACAAUCAUUAGCUCGUAAUCACAUAAUACACGUUAGCCCAUCGAAAUUAAUUACAAUAGCCGGUGGUAAAUGGACAACUUAUCGACACAUGGCAGAAGAAACCAUCGAUACUGCGAUAAAAUGUAUUGGACUUGAACCAAUAUACAAAGAGUGCCAAACCCAAAAUAUUAAAUUAGAAGGUGCUGAUAAUUGGACACCAACAAUGUACAUUCGUUUGGUGCAAGAUUUCGGAUUAGAAUUCGAAACGGCUCAACAUUUAGCAACAGCUUAUGGUGAUCGAGCUUUUCAUGUGGCAAAGAUGGCUUGCUUAACGGGAAAACGUUGGCCAAUUAUCGGAAAAAAGAUUCACCCCGAAUUUCCAUACAUCGAUGCUGAUAUUAAAUAUGGUGUAAAAGAAUAUGCCAUGACCGCUGUUGAUAUGAUUGGAAGGAGAUUGAGGAUAGCUUUUUUGAACGUCCAAGCCGCUCAAGAAGCUUUACCCGAUAUUAUUGAUAUUAUGGGGGAAGAAUUAAAAUGGUCAGAUGCUGAAAAGCAAAGGCAAGAAGCAUUAGCCACUGAAUUUCUUCAAUACGAAAUGGGCCAAAUGAUGAAUAGAGCAAGUAGAGAUAAAAAUCCAGCUAAUCUAACUGAUAAUGAGGUUAAUACAUUUACUAAGCGAUUUGAAAUUGUUGAUAAAGAUAGUAAAGGAUAUGUUUCUAUUAAUGAUAUAAGAAGAAGUCUUAAGCGCGAUGAUGGAACUGACGUUCCAGGAGAAGAACUCCAUGAGAUUUUAAAAGAAAUUGAUACAAAUAUGAACGGUCAAGUUGAAUUGGAUGAAUAUUUGCAAUUAAUGGCUGCCAUCAAAUCGGGACGCGUAGCUUAUUCGAGAUUUGCACGAAUGGCCGAAUUAGAAGAAGCGAAAUACGAAGCUUCAUUGUUGAAAAAGAAAAUAUCUGUUGAACGUAGUGGAGGUGGAUUAUAAAUUAAUUUCAUAUACAAAAAAAAAUAUGUACAUGAUAACUCAGGAAAAUUAGCUAAAAAAUCUAAAAUAGCUAUACACAUAUAUCUUUAUGAUACUAUCGUAUUUAUAUUUGUUAUGUUGAAUUGUUUUGAUUGAUCUAUUGUACUCUUGUACAUGUAACGGUGUAAAUAUUAAAGAAUCAAAAAUAUUA